AAGAAGCUGCGGAAUGACAUUUGGGAGGUUGACGAGGAGGAGUAUGUCGAGAGUUUCCGAAACCCGGGUAAAGGAUCGCGGACGGAUUUGAUUGCGAUUGGGGAUCUGGGGUAUUCGGGGUCGGUAUGUUGAUCCCAUGCAGGCUCCUUACUCUUCAACGUCUCUGAUCAGUUCAUAUAAAAAGACAACGGUACUAAUUCCCCCUCCCAGGCAUUCUUCACAACCCCAAACUCCAAAUUCCUCGUCAAAUCCCUCCCGCGCUCCUUUGAGCAAUCCUUCUUCCGCAACCGCCUCCUCGACCCCUACACCGAACACAUGGAACUCAACCCCUCCUCGCUCCUCGUCCGAAUCACCGACCUCCUCUACGCCCCUCUCUUCACCCUCGGCGAAGCCCUCGGAACCACCCCAUCCCACCACAUCGUCAUGGAAAACACCCUCUACGGCAAGAGCAGCUGCGCCAAGCACGACCAGGAACGCUGGGAAACCUACGACCUCAAACCCGACGACUACUUCUACCCGGAGCGAGACAUUGCGGGGGGAAAACUGGCCCCGGAGAGCGUCAAGGAGCGCCUCACCGACACAUUCCCGGACCGCGUGCGCGUGACGCAGGACCAGAAGGAAGAACUCGUCGAGCAGCUCCUCCGCGAUACCAAGGUCCUGCAGGACGCCAAUGUGGUGGACUACUCCCUCUUCCUGGUCCGCUACCCGGCCUCGCUGGCCUCCAGCGUCCCCAAAUCGCCGGGCCGGAGCUCCGCAUGGCGCGCGGGUCUGGCGUCCAGGGACGGGAAAUGGAUCUAUCGGGCUGUGCUGUUGGAUUUCUUCUGGGCCAGGGACGCGCUGCAGGCCAAGGCGUUGACGGGGUUGGUCAAGUUGUGGAAUGCGGUCAAGUUUGGGAAGGGCGAGGGGCCGAUGAGCAUCACGACGACGGCGGACGAGUAUAGGAGUCGGUUCCUGAGGAUGGUGGAGAAGAUUGUUGAGGUGGAGGAUAGCUCGGGACGGCCGGCGGGGGAGGUGUUGUGUUGAGUGAGGAUGCGGUUCAGG